AUGGCGACCAGCGGCUUCCUGGUGAGCAUGAGGUCUGUGGCUUUGAAGCUCGCACCGCUACAAGACCAUGGUGCUUGCCUACGGAGCUGUGACUCCCAGGCCCUACACCCUCUGCGUUCAUCCACCUCUGGCCUGCUCGCCACACAGGAAUGUGGCACUCACACACUCCCACACCCAUCACACACGCCCCACACCCCUCACACACGCCCCACACCCUCACACACACCCCCACACCCUUCACACACGCCCCACACCCCUCACACACUCCCCACCCCCUCACACACGCCCCACACCCCUCACACACGCCCCACACCCCUCACACACUCCCCACACCCUCACACACGCCCCACCCCUCACACACGCCCACACCCUCACACACUCUCCCCUCACCCAUCACACUCUCCACCCCCACACCCCCUCACACACUCCCCACACCCCUCACACACUCCCCACCCCUCACACACACCCCACACCCCUCACACACGCCCCACACCCCCCCACCCCUCACACACGCCCCACACCCCUCACACACUCCCCACACCCAUCACACACUCUCCACACCCAUCACACACUCCCCACACCCCUCACACACUUCCCACACCCCUCACACACUCUCCACACCCAUCACACACUCCCAAUCGAGACGAUGCUUCUACAACUGCUGACAGUUUACACCAGAGCCCUCCAACCCUGUUCCUGAAGAACCACCCUCCUGUAGAUUUAGACCAGAGCCCUCCAACCCUGUUUCUGAAGAACUACCCUCCUGUAGAUUUACACCAGAGCCCUCCAACCCUGUUCCUGAAGAACCACCCUCCUGUAGAUUUACACCAGGGCCCUCCAACCCUGUUCCUGAAGAGCUACCCUUCUGUAGGUUUACACCAGAGCCCUCCAACCCUGUUCCUGAAGAACCACCCUCCUGUAGAUUUACACCAGGGCCCUCCAACCCUGUUCCUGAAGAGCUACCCUUCUGUAGGUUUACACCAGAGCCCUCCAACCCUGUUCCUGAAGAACCACCCUCCUGUAGAUUUACACCAGGGCCCUCCAACCCUGUUCCUGAAGAACUACCCUCCUGUAGGUUUACACCAGAGCCCUCCAACCCUGUUCCUGAAGAACCACCCUCCUGUAGAUUUAGACCAGAGCCCUCCAACCCUGUUUCUGAAGAACUACCCUCCUGUAGGUUUACACCAGAGCCCUCCAACCCUGUUCCUGAAGAACCACCCUCCUGUAGAUUUACACCAGAGCCCUCCAACCCUGUUCCCGAAGAGCUACCCUUCUGUAGGUUUACACCAGAGCCCUCCAACCCUGUUCCUGAAGAACCACCCUCCUGUAGAUUUACACCAGGGCCCUCCAACCCUGUUCCUGAAGAACUACCCUCCUGUAGGUUUACACCAGAGCCCUCCAACCCUGUUUCUGAAGAACUACCCUCCUGUAGGUUUACACCAGAGCCCUCCAACCCUGUUCCUGAAGAACCACCCUCCUGUAGAUUUACACCAGAGCCCUCCAACCCUGUUUCUGAAGAACUACCCUCCUGUAGAUUUACACCAGGGCCCUCCAACCCUGUUCCUGAAGAGCUACCCUCCUGUAGGUUUACACCAGGGUCCUCCAACCCUGUUCCUGAAGAACCACCAUCCUGUAGAUUUACACCAGAGCCCUCCAACCCUGUUUCUGAAGAACUACCCUCCUGUAGGUUUACACCAGAGCCCUCCAUCCCUGUUCCUGAAGAGCUACCCUCCUGUAGAUUUGCACCAGGGCCCUCCAACCCUGUUCCUGAAGAGCUACCAUCCUGUAGGUUUACACCAGAGCCCUCCAACACUGUUCCUGGACAGCAACACUCCUGUAGGUUUUCAUUUCAACAGGGUUGGAGGCCCUGGUGUAAACCUACAGGAGGGUAGCUUUCCAGGAACAGAGUUGGAAAGCCCUGCUUUAGAUGGUCUAUCCUAA